GGCUUGUUUUCGCCACCUCCUUCCACUGAGCAAUGGUGCAGGGGCUGUUCGCAGCAGUCCCUGGGGCCAGUCCUCUCCCAAGGAGAGAUUCACAGGCUGUGGACCAAUGAUGGCCCCCACUUCCACCGGGUCUCUCUCCUCCUCCCCCUGGGACAUGGCAGAGGCUGCACCAGCGGCUGAGGCAACCCAGGGCCCCGUGACCUUUGAGGAUGUGGCUGUGUAUUUCACGGAAGACCAGUGGGCUCGUCUGGAUCCGAAACAAAGAGACCUGUACAGAGACGUCAUGCAGGAGAAUUACGAGAACCUUGUGUCUCUGGUAGAAUUCCCACUUCCAAAACCGGAUUUGAUUGCCCUCCUGGAACGAGGGGAAGAGCCGUGGAUGUCAGGUGGCCGCCAAGUCCCGGAGGACAAGGAGACCCCCUCAGAGACCAGCUCAGGGUUUCCUGGGAUGGUCUCCUGGCUCGUUAGAGAGGAAGAACCCUGGUUCCUGCACCUCCAGGGCUACGAGCGAAGACCCGUCUCCUCCAAAAUGACUUGGCACUUACUGAGAAUGGAAGAGACCCCUGGGGGCCGACCGAGGCUGGAUGGCCGGGUGGCGAAUGAGGACCAUGGAGAGAAUUUUCAGCAGAAAGAUCUUGAGGUGGAGGAGCCACGUGGGAUGGGACGAGGGGAGCCUGCAUGGCCUGAAAUGGGUGACAGGAAGUUGGUCAGCUCAAACAGAGAGAGAAAGCACCAAUGUCCAGAGUGUGGGAAAGGGUUCCACCGCAAAUCAAAACUUGUCGAACACCAGAGAAUACACACAGGAGAAAAACCCUACUCCUGUUUUGAAUGCGGGAAAUGUUUCCGGGUUAGCUCGCAUCUGAUCACACACCUGAGAAUCCACAGAGGCGGUGAAGAUCCACUAAACUGGAAGGUUCUGGCGAAGAAGCACCCAUGCCUUCUGUGUGGCAAGGCCUUCUCGGUCUCGUCUUCCCUCAUCCGGCACAUGAGAGUCCACACGGGGGAGAGACCUUACCAGUGCCUGGAGUGCGGGAGCAGAUUCAGUCAGAAGUCCACGCUCACUAUUCACCAGAGAACCCAUCUGGGAGAGUUGAGGGAGAAGCACGCGUGCCCCCAGUGCGGCAAGGGCUUCACGGAGAAAGCCGGCCUCGUAAGGCAUCAGCGACUCCACACGGGGGAGAGGCCCCACGGCUGCUUUGUCUGUGGGAAAAGGUUUAACGACAAGGGGAACCUCGUGAAGCAUCAGCGGAUUCACCGGGGGCACGAUCCAAAUUGCACAACUGAUGAUGACGGAGCAGGCAGCGGCAGCAAGUGGGAGAAGAAACACCCUUGCCCGGAGUGUGGGAAGAGGUUUUAUCACAGAUCGGAGCUCAACACGCACCGGAGAACUCACACUGGGGAGAAACCCUACGAGUGCCCCGACUGUGGGAAGAAGUUCAGUUGGAAGCAGAGCCUGAUUAAGCAUCGGAGAGUCCACCUGGAAAGUGAUUUGGUAAUAAGACAUCCCUGCCCUGAGUGCGGGAAAAGCUUCGUGGAGAAAUCAAACCUUUUGAAACACCAGCGAAUCCACACCGGGGAGAAGCCUCACGAAUGCUUCCACUGCGGUAAACAGUUUGCUGCCAGGGGAGCCCUGGUUAUCCACGAGAGGAUCCACACCGGAGAGAAACCCUACGGCUGCCUGGACUGUGGCAAGCAGUUCGUCGACAAAGGGAGCCUCGUGAUCCAUCACAGGAUCCACACGGGGGAGAAACCCUUCGAAUGCCGGAAAUGCGAGAAAAGGUUCGCUCAGCCCUCGGGACUGGCUCAGCACCGGAUAACGCACCAUGCCGACGGCGUGCGGAAAAUGCACUCCUGUCCCGCCUGCGGCAAAAGCUUCCACGUGAAAUCGAAGCUCGCGAGGCACGAGAGGACCCACACGGGGGAGAAGCCCUACGCCUGCUUCGAAUGCGACCGAAGGUUCGCCGACAAAGGCGACCUCGUGAAGCACCGCAGGACCCACACGGGGGAGAAGCCCUUUGGCUGCUUGGAGUGCGGGAAGCGGUUUGGGCGCAGGGAGCACCUCGCCAACCACCAGAGAGUCCACUUGCGCCACGAGGCCCCAUGCCUGCCCCACCUCGAGCUGGCCGGUGGGAAGGUCUCCUCCGAAGGAUACCCGAGCGCCGUCUCAUUUGGCACCAUCCCUUGGAGGACUGGGGGAGGCGGCUCCUCUCCCCGGACUCGUCUGCCGUAGGCGCCACAGCCUCCCUUACUCCUGCCCCAUUCUGCCCCAUUUCUAAUGCAGCUUUAGCAGUCGACUGCUGGUAACUGCGUCAUGGGGUGGAAGUGAUCUCUAUGCGUUCUUUCCUAGAGAAGCCUGUCGUGAGCUCUGCAUCAGAAGAGAAACACGGCCUGCCCUGUGCUCAGGGAAGGUGGCCUGCAUAGCAUUCUACUGUUUUAGGACCAGGAGAGAGAGCAAGCAGGCGAUCCGUCAGGUCCCAUUUGCACAGAACACCCUCCCCGUCGUUGGCUCAACUCCGUUCACCAUGAGCAGGACAGCCCUGCCCGCGAAGCAAAAAUGCUCCAGGUGACUCAUACUGCAUGGGACGGACGGACGGAUGGAAGGGUGGUGGUGGUGGGAGAGAGAAGCUCACCACAUCAGUAGCCAGCCUGAUCAGGAAUCAUAGAAUAGCAGAGUUGGAAGGGGCCUACAAGGCCAUCGAGUCCAACAUCCUCUUGACUCUGAUGGCUGGGCACGACACAUGUGCAGAAACACACUGGGAGUUGUUUGCACCCUCUCUCUGCCACGCAGGCUACCGUGUUUAGCUGUCAGGGAAUCCAGCCACAGGGUGGCAUCACUCCUAGCCCCCUUUUCCCGUCCCCUUUCCCCCCUCCCCACCAGCAGAGGGAGUAGAUCCUCCGCUCUUUUCUCUCUUUACAGGCAUAGAGAUUUGGUGGGUUUCUCUUUGCUCCGGGUCCUUGGCUACUAGAAUGAAGGUCUCCAUUAAGUCAGAUUCGUGCACAGUAGAUCUGAAUGACUCCCCAUCCCCCCUUUCUCUUUUAGGU